AUGGGGACUCAAGACCAAGCCACGCGAUGCUGCUCAACACUAGAGUGUUUUACUCUUUUGCGUUCUACUUUUAAAAUAGACAGAGUUACUCACGCAUGCCCCAGGCUGUUGGAACAACAAGGUGGAAAUACAUACCCUUGCCACCGUCGACCCUCAGACACGAAACUUUGCUUGCAACUAGAAUUCCUUUAA